AUGGCUGAGACCAGCGAAAUUAAAUUCAGCUUGGAAAUUACCUCUUAUUCUCCUGUGGCCUCGGUAAUAGCACUCUAUUGCCUUAUGACAAUUGGUGUAAAUAUUUUCGUUUGCUACUACAUUUACCGCAAGAGAAGCCUUCGCACGUCAUGCACCGCGCUCAUUGUGGCAAAUUUGGCCGCUGUGGAUGUUUUGGUUUCAAUCAAAGAUUUACCACUGCUGAUCUCAGUUGCCUCAAGUGGAAAAUGGUACUUCGAAGAGCAUUGGUGUCGCAGUUACGGUCUCACAAACGUAAUCUACAUAAUUGUGUCGAUUUCAACGCUCGUUACAAUCACAACUGAACAGUUUUACCGCAUGACUGAGGGACAAAAUAUUUCGGCUUCUAGUUCCAGUCGUACAAUCCCUUUGGGUUACAUCAUCGCGCACACAACUCUCUCCUACUCAUUAUCUUUGUUAUGGAGCAAGUACGUGUUUAUCAGCAGAAAAGCGUUCUGCGAAGUUGAUUGGCCUCCGUCCGGAUUGAGUUUUACCCUUGUCACUUCCUGCAUUUUUCUGAUCCCUGUGUCCCUUCUGAUUUACAAUUUUUUCGGAAGCGACUCCGAAGAGAAAGAAACUUCCGACAAAGACAAGCUAGCUAAAAUGGAGAACGGAGAAGGAGAGAGUGAAGCAGACAAAGCCCACUGUCGCCUGCAGCUCGCCAUCACGGUGUUUUUGAUCACAUGGUCACCUUACGUGAUAGAGAGCUUUUUCACGUAUUCCUCAGAAGUUCCGAACAUCGCUGGAGUUGUGUCAGCUUUUCUUCCAAUCUUGACAACAACACUUAUUCCUCUGUGGUUCAUCAAGUGGCGAAGAGAGGCGGACAGACUUUACCCCGUCAUUUCGUACGUCCAGAAUUGUUAA